AUGUUGCAGUACUGGGACUACGAAGAGUUUGUCAUCCAUACGUUCCAGGAUAGUUUGGCAGGAGCGGCUCUGGAUUGGUACAUGUCACUGAGAGCUGCGGAUAUCCCCACGUGGACAGACCUCUCGAGCAAAUUCAUCGACCAAUACAGGUACUGUGCGGAGGCGCCCCCGACUCUGCUUGAGCUCAGCACGAUGGAGAUGACCGGUGACCAGGGCUUCGAGGCAUAUGCAGUGAAGUGGCGGGCUAGAGCGGCGAAGCAUAUCCCUCCGAUCAGUGCCUACUACUUGCACUUGUUAGCCCAUACGUCGUCAUUCUCCAACCUUAUCGAUGCCGGAAAGAAGCUCGACAUCGGCAUUAAGCUCGACAAGAUAGAAGGUUCGGCCGAGAAAAAGGAAGGAGAGUCCUCGAAGAGGGCCACCACUGGGACAGCGGGAAGCAGGAGAGGGAAAGACACGUCCGUCAAUGCUACCCCGCAAUAUAGGCCUCCGGCUUCGAGAACUCCUCAGCUGACACAACAGGCCCCAGCCCCACAAGGUCAGCAAGGUGGCGCAACGCAAAAUCGGCAGCGUAAACAGUUCACACCUCUGCCGGCUCCGCUCUCCUACAUAUAUCGGCAACUCCUCGAGGGUAACAAGAUCCGAUCGAUAGCACCUAACCCUGAUUUUGACCCAACCAUCCAAGAUCAGAGUCGGCGCUGCGAGUAUCAUCAGGGCGCACCCGGUCACACCACUGACAAUUGUUGGAAACUACAGGAGAGGAUCCAACAGUUGAUUGAUGACAAGCAACUCACGUUCAACGCCGUCAAACCCCCGAACGUGCAAUCAAAUCCUCUUCUCGAUCACGGGUCGAGCUCGGGACCCAGCAUUAACAUGAUCGGUGUUUGCGCUAUAGGGGAGUACGAGACCGGACAGGAGGCACCGGCCCCGUUUGUGAUUGAAUGUGUUCCUGCAGAAGCUGGUGUAGGGUACGCAGGGUUUGAUGCCACGCCCGCCCCAUUCGUGAUAGAAGUCCCCGCACGUGAGCCAUAUCAAGACAGCAAGGUCCCGUGGACCUACGAAGGAAGUGUUGGGAACCUCGAGAGUCAAUUUAGCGUCAUGGGCGUGACACGCUUGGGUCGAGUCUAUGAAAAUCCGAAGGUCGCAAACAAAGGGAAAGCCCUGGCAAUGCCCGAAGUCGCCCCGGAAGCCUCGUCCAUUCCCCAGAAGAAGGUGACUGAAGAAGAAGCUGAGGCCUUCAUGAAGAUUAUCAAGGCAAGCGAGUACAAGGUCGUUGAACAAAUGGGCAAAUCUCCAGCCCACAUUUCACUACUCGCCCUCCUCUUGGGUUCAGAGCCACAUCGUGAAGCGCUUCUGAGGGUCCUAACAGCAGCGCAGAUCCCCAAAGAGACGGCUCCGGAGCGGAUUGAGGAGACUAUCAGUUCGAUCUUCUCCAACAACAUUUCAUUCUUAGAUGAUGAACUUCCCUCAGAAGGGUGGGCACACUCGCGGGCACUACACAUUGUCUGCAAGUGUAAUAACUUUAUUAUCGGUCGGGUCAUGAUCGACAAUGGCUCGGCACUCAAUGUUUGCCCGGUUUCCACGUUGAAGCAGAUGAACGUGGACUUUAACCGUAUCCGUCCGAGCAAUACUGCGGUUCGAGCCUUCGACGGCUCUCGGAGGGAAGUAAAUGGAGAGAUCGACCUGGUGAUCGAAGUGGGUCCCUGCUCAUUCGCUGUUACGUUCCAAGUCCUAGACAUCCCGAAUGCUUUCAGCUCGUUGCUCGGGAGACCGUGGAUCCAUGCAGCUGGCGCCGUUCCUUCGUCCCUACACCAAAGGAUUAAAUUCAUCGCAGAAGAUCGACUUAUCACGGUCAAGGGUGAGGAGGAUUACGCCAUUUACAAGGAGACAGCUAUUCCCUACAUCAGGUGUGGAUUGAAAGAAAUCAAAGGCUCUUCAAUAAGCAAAGAAAGCCUGUGA